CCCACUUACCUCUUCUCUUCCUCCUCUCAUCCUUCUCUCUCUCAUCAUUCUGACCUUCAUUUAUUUUUGUCUAUGCAUGUUUUCUCAUUUUUGCAUGCACUAACUCAUUCUCUCAUCUCUUUCACUAUUCUUCUCUCCAUUUAUUUCUGUUCUUGCAUGCUCUCAUUCUCUCUCUCUCUCUCUCUCUCUCUCUCUCUCUCUCUCUCUCUCUCUCUCUCUCUCUCUCUCUCUCUCUCUCUCUCUCUCUCUCUCUCUCUCUCUCUCUCUCUCUCUCUCUCUCUCUCUCUCUCUCUAGCACUCUAUUCCCUUCUUCCAUUCAUUAGAGGUCAUCCCCUUACACCCACAGCAUGUAUUGCACUCAUACACAUCUCCUCCUCCCUUUCUCUCCCAGUUCUACAUGUUUCUCUCAUGUCUCAUCUCAUCUCCUCAUCUCCUCAUCCUCCUGUGUCACUCUCUCCUUAGUAUGGCUGGGCAAGGUCACCUACUAUUGAGACAGUAGCUCUUCUUUGGUCAUUGCCAGGCUCUCUUUUGGAUCUUCAUGGCAAUUUCCACAACAGCAAACACUGCAAGCUUGACCACACUGAUCUUGUCUCCAGUGAAGCUAAGAGUGGGAAUGUUUUUACCAAGUAUGUGUUGUGUUGUGGAGUUUUUAGUUUAGUUUUAAUCACUGUCCUUCCUUAAUCUGUUACUGGAAUCAUGAAAACACCCUUGCAAACCAUAACAACAUCUGCUAAAACCUGUUAAAGUAUCAUUAACCCUUUUAAACCAUUACUUGAAUCACAGAAACAUCCUUGCAAACCCUGACAACAUCCACUGAAACUUGUUAAACUGUCACUAGCAUUAUUAAACCAUUACUUGAUCAUAAAAACACCCUUGAAAGUCCUGGUAACAUCCAUUAAAGUCUGUUAAACUAUUACUAACCAUAUGAAACCAUUACUUGAAUCAUGAAAAUGCCCUUGAAAACACUGAUAACAUCCACUAAAGCCUUUUAAAUUACCACUCCAAUCAGGGGAGCUCCAAACACUAUUAGAGCCUGUUGAUAAAGAAAAGGCACUGGGAUAUUGGGGAAUGCACAUUUCAAGCUGUAGCCUUACCUCACAUCCUUAACUCUCAUAACAGGGCCUUUGUUGGAGGCGUCCCCUGUGAUAUAGUGGACGACAACCUGGAGCUCUGUGACACACUGACAAGGGAGAAGGUUACUUGUCGCUCCAAGGCUAAGCUGGUCGGCCCCAUGAAUGUCAGUGUCUGCGUUACCGGAAGAGGCGCGUCUGAAGUGACCAAGAUAGGAAGGUACGUGGACUCCCAGGACAGGCUGUACCAGUUCCUCACAUAUGCUGUGAUGUGCUGAGUUGGGCAGGAAUAUGAGAUGUAAGCAUUGGUGACCACUCAUGCUUGCCCACCCCGCUGAUUGACAACCUUGGUGAACUUUGGAUUUUUGAAAUUGUAUGGAGGUGUGUCUUACCUCAAGGAAUAAUGGCAUCAUACUAAGAAACGCAGUGAAUCCUGCAGUUGUCACCAGGUUUGGUUUGCAACCAACUGCAAGUUUGUUUUGGUACAUGAAAUGUAAGAGUCAUCACCUAAUUUCUUCCUGACUGGUGUUAUUUUAUGUGAAUUACUAGCCAUCACUAGCAGACCUCUUGGGUGGUUUCCAAGACCCCAGCUUGGCCUUCAAGACACUUAACCAUACCAGGGUCUUCCUCCAGCAGCUCACCAGAAUAUAACUGGAUAACUUGCCUGCUGCCAGCGCCUCCAGGCCUCUAGAGGUUGUGGCACCACAGCCUGCACAGCCCCUCAAAUCCCCAACAAGAACAAGAACACAACAGGGUAGUGGGAGUGAUGGCUUCAAGACACACUGCCACUGUACAGGGCAGCUGUUACUCUUGUACAUCAUGUGCUGCUUACAAGACUGUGUCUAAAAAUCUGAGAGGAAAAAGUAAAAGCUCACAGGACUGGUUGACGAGACAGCUAAAUGACCCUUAUGUGAAGUUGACCAAGCAACAUCAGUGCAGGCAUUGUCCAUGAUGCUUCCUGUGUUGUGGUUCCAUCAUGGCAGGCAUGGAAGUGCCUCUCACUGCAUCACCGCCUCAUGAUCAUUGAGAGCAUGGACACAGACACUGAGGCCCUAGUGGGUACGUGGACCUCCUCAAUGGACAGAUGGACAGAGGCUGGUGUGCUGGCUACAUGUAUCUUCUCUGUUGUGGCAACAGGGAUGACAUAUGAGAUGGCCAUGACCAGCAUGCCCCUUCAGGUGCUGCGUCUGCACCUGCCACACAGUCCAUCCUCUGAGGCCGUUUUCCUGCUCAUCUUCCCAAAGCCUCAGCGUUAUGACACCUAUGUGGAUGGUGUCUUUGUUCCCCCAGCCAACCUCAACACCUCUGCAGCCGGCUACAAGCUGUUGCCUGAGAACCCCACCCAUCCUCAGGCUUUCCUUCCCAUGUUGGACAAUGCAAUGAGGACCAGCUUCUUCCAGCGCAGUGCUAAGCUGGUCCAUGUGGUGCUGUGCGAAGGCCACAUCCUUGACAUCAAGACCACACCCAUGAUCACCCUCACCAGUGGCCUCAUGGUGAAGGAAGAUGAAUUUUAUGAGCAGAACUUGGUGUUGAAUCUGGCCAGCCUGUUUGAGGUAUCCCCAAACAACAUCAGGGUCAUCAGUGUUAUGCAGGAGCUCUCCAAGAGACAGCAGGGAAGGCUGGAGGCUGAAGUGGCCAGCGCUCACACUACAAGCCUGAAUGGUGAGGAGGAGGAGGGAGCAAUUGGUGGGGAGGUGAUUCCCUACAAGAAGCUGGUGCAGAGUCUGGAGAAGGCCGUCAAUAGAUUCCAGGAUGGAUCAUGCAGCAACUGUGCCUCUCUCUCUUGGUGAGUGACCCCAUCGAGCCACCACCCAAGGAAACCCCUCCAAAGGCCACAGAGGAGGAAGGCAAUGUUGUCAUUCUGGAUGCCAAGCUGUUCUACAAGCAGCAGGAGAAGGAGGUGGCAGAGAAGAUCAAGGAGAGC